AUGGACUCGGACUCAGGUUCCAGACAGGACAUGGACUCAGGCUCCGGAGAGGACAUGGAAUCGGGCUCUGGACAGGAUAUGGACACAGGCUCUGGACAGGACAUGGACAUGUACUUGGGCUCCAGGCAGGACAUGGACAUGGGCUCUAGACCAGACAUGGAUUUGGCCUUGGACUUGAGCUCCGGACUAGACAUGGACAUGGACUUGGGCUCCGGACUAGGUAUGGACUUGGGCAUAGACAUGGGCUUGAGCAUGGGCAUGGACCCUGACAUCAGCAUGGGCCUGAUUUUAAACAUGGGCAUGGACUUGGGCAUUGGUAUAAGCAUGGACUUGGGCAUGACUCUGGGCUUGAGCAUGGGCAUGGACCCUGGUGUCAGCAUGGGUAUGAAUUCAAACAUGGGCAUGGACUCAGACAUCAGCAUGGGCAUUGACUCACACAUAACUUUGGGCUUAAGCAUGGGCAUGGACCAUGGUGUCAGCAUGGGCAUGAAUUUGAACAUGGGCAUGGGCUCAGGCAUGACUCUGAGAUUGGACUCUGAACUUGGUAUGGACAUGGACUUACUGUAG